CCCGUGGCGUGGGGAAGAAACUGGGAGGAGACUGGGCGGUUCCUUACGCGCUUCAUGACGUCUUCGUGAUGGUCAGGAGCUUGGCUAGGCGCUGAUGGCCACAGAUAAGUAAAGGGCGAUCAGCAAAGCGAAUGAGACCAGACGGAACCGAAGCCGCAUAAGAAGAUCCGUUUUUCGUUUUUUGUGUUCAUUGUGGACAGAACCAUUGCAGGACUUUUCCAACUCGAGGACAGUGAAGCUACCGAACAAAACGUCCACUGUGUGUUUGCGGGUUUUUUCCUUUUCUUUUUGCUUUUUUUCAGGAUCUUUUGACGCGUUUUGUGGGUCAUGAUAAAAUCUGGUUGACUGUUGGAUUCCGAAGUUUCAGCGAUCUCGCUACAGGUGGAGGAUUUUCCUUAUAUAAAAAAACAACAAAUAAAUAAAUAAAAAAACAAAGCCGUGUCGCGCGCAAAGAACCGAUGACGGCCGAGGUCCAGCAGCCUUCCGUGCAGCCUCCUGCCCAAAGCAGCCCGAUGUCCGCGCCCGACAAAACGCACGCUCAAUCGGCGGCCAUGGACGCGGCCUCCUCCACCACCAAAGCCAAAAAGACCAACGCCGGCAUCAGGCGUCCUGAGAAGCCGCCCUACUCGUACAUCGCGCUCAUCGUCAUGGCCAUCCAGAGCUCACCGACGAAGCGUCUGACGCUCAGUGAGAUCUACCAGUUCCUCCAGAGCCGCUUCCCGUUCUUCCGCGGCUCUUACCAGGGCUGGAAAAACUCCGUGCGCCACAACCUGUCCUUAAACGAGUGCUUUAUAAAGUUGCCCAAGGGGCUCGGGCGGCCAGGGAAAGGACACUACUGGACCAUUGACCCUGCAAGCGAGUUCAUGUUCGAGGAGGGCUCUUUUCGGCGCAGACCACGCGGAUUCCGGCGCAAAUGUCAGGCGCUCAAGCCUUCCAUGUACAGCAUGAUGAACGGCCUCGGGUUCAACCACUUACCCGAGUCUUACAAUUUCCAGGGGAGCGGCGGAGGCCUGUCUUGCCCGCCAAAUAGUUUGUCCUUAGAGAGCGGGAUUGGGAUGAUGAACGGACAUUUGGCAGGAAACAUGGAAGGAAUGGGCCUGGCUGGACACUCCAUGUCUCAUCUGUCGGCCAACGGUGGACAUUCCUACAUGGGAAACUGUACGGGGUCCACGGGGAGCGAGUAUCCCCAUCACGACAACUCAGCCUCGCCCUUGUUGUCCGGCGGCGGAGUCAUGGAGCCGCAUCCCGUCUACUCGAGCACGACCUCGGCUUGGGCGCCCGCGCCGUCCGCGUCGCUUAAUAACGGAGCGUCUUACAUUAAGCAGCAGCCGCUGUCUCCGUGCAACCCCGGGGCAAAUCCGUUACAGCCCAGCUUACCAACACACUCUCUGGACCAGUCAUAUCUGCACCAGAACGGACACAGCACGACCGACCUUCAAGGUAUUCCCAGAUAUCAUUCCCAGUCUCCCAGCAUGUGCGACCGUAAAGAGUUCGUCUUCUCUUUCAACGCCAUGACAUCUUCAUCCAUGCAUUCACCUGGAAGCGGCUCUUAUUAUCAUCACCAACAGGUCGCCUAUCAGGACAUCAAGCCUUGUGUGAUGUGACAGCACUGGUCAUGAAUUAAAGACUGAUGAAGGACUCAACACUGAUAAAGGAGCCACUGAGCCUUUGCGGUGGGAAAACAAAAAUGCAGACACACAAACAAGAAGAAGAAGAAGAAGAGAGGACUGGAAGGGGUCCUGGAUGGGAAAAAACGCAGAAUGAAAGGCUGCAACUAUAAUAAAAAUGCGAAAUGAUCCAAACUCGGUACAAAAACCAUGAACAGAAGAAAAGCCGGGUACCUUAAACAUUUUACAAACAGCCUUUAAGGUGAUGUGUGCCAUUUUUUUUAUUCUAAGCUAUUUCCAAACAAGACUGCGAACAAAUUCUAACUAAUCUGCAUCUCAAUGGCAAAAAAAACAAGAAAUGAAAUAAAGGAAGAAUAAAAAAAACCCGCUUGGUACUAACUCUGCUGGCGGAUGGAUACCACUUGAGUGUAGUGACUUUCCGUGUUGUCAUUCCGAGUAAUCAGGAUCGAUUUUAGUUUUCUUUUUGUUCAGUGAAAAUUGUAAAAAUAUUCUGAUGAUUAUUUUUAAUAUAGGCCUAUAUAAAUAUUAUUUUCAUUCAGGACAAGCUGUUCGCUCUAUGAUCCUAAGUCAAAUUCUGUCUGAAAUCAGUGCAAAGUGUAAAAGAUCAUUAGGUGAUCACGUGGAAAAACAAAGGCACUUUUUUAAAAACCGUAAAGCGCAACUUUUAUUUAUUCUGUUUAUAUUUAGAUUGUAUAAUUAUAGCCACAUUAUUGAACGCUUUAUCGGCAAUAUUUGCCAAGACGCUGUUUUUAUUCAGUGUAAACAAAAAAAAUGAAGGUUUUAAUGUAAGCACUGUUAAAUCGUUGGUUUGGUGUUUUUGUUUUUGUUUAUUUUUAUUUUUAUUUUAAUCUCUUUUUUUUUUUUUUUUGUAUAUCCGUAUUGACACGAGUCAUUUUCCAGCACUGUAAAAUUGUAUAUGUUGUAGGUAAUAUCUUUUUUUAGUAGGCAUCUUUUACUUUCUAUUUUCGUGUCUUUUAGACAUUAGGUCAUCUACGCACCAUUAUGUAUAAAGAAUUGUGUAAAAAAAAACAAAAAAAACAAUGGCAUGCAGUUGAAAUUAAACUGUUCAAAACUACACGCAUCAAAUUUGCAGGUUUUCCGAGAUAAUUAUUUAUAAAUUUCUCAGUAAUCAGAGAUAUAAAUAAAUAAAACAUCAAGAAGGGAAUAGAUUUUUUUUUUCUUUAUGAAAAAAAAAAAGUUAUAAAAAAUUAAUUUUUUAAGAUUUGUUUUGAGAAAAGAAAAGAUUAGGCCUAGAAAAAAGGUCUAAUCAGUGCAUAUAAAAAAAAAUUAAUCACGUUUUUAUUUUAUUUUAUUUUUUUUUAUAAAAGAUGAACUUUUGUAAGUCAGAAAGAAAAAUACAAACGCAAAGGAAGAAAGCGAGUGUGUGCCACAUGUGUACAGUUUGUAUUUUUUGCAGAUAUCCUACUUGGCUCUGAAGUUAUUAAAGUGAAAACAGCAAUCUGCCUUUUUUAGUUUCGGAUAAAAUGUCGGAAAAAAUGAUGCAAUAUAACGCAAGUGGUCACCGAGUUCCCACUCUUCUUAUUGUAAUUGACCUAUUUUAGCCCACACAUCUUUAGCUGCACAUACAUGAUAGCACCAGGACUUGUUUUAUAUCAAUUUAUUGUUUUGUUUAACUUUAAACAAAACGUCAAUUUAUAAAAAAUAUAUAUUCGGAACAUUUAAAGAUCUGAGACGCAGCAUUGAAACUUAAUCAACAUAUUUUCUUUUUUUCUCGUGAAGAGUCCAAAAAUAUGCUUCUUUUUUUUUUUACUUUGAUGAUCCGUUGACAUUUUAAUACAUUUUGACAUAAAAUGGCAAAAUAAAUAAAUAAAUAAGCGUCAAUUAUUUCGCUGGAGUGUGUGCACCACCUAAUGGCCUAAGUGCUGAAGGGCCACUGAUUUACUUCACCGUGAUUUAGAACAUAAGUAAAUAAGAAUUAAAUAAUAAUAAUCGUAAAAAUAAUAACAAAUAAUAAUAAUUAAUACAAAUAAUGAAUUUCGUGUAAUUUGUAAAGUUAAAUCCAUGCAAAAAUAAGAAUCUAAAAACAUAAUGCAUCCUUAAACAAGACAAAGUUGAAACCUGUGUCCAGUAAUAAUAAUAAUAAUAAUAAUAAGAAGAAGAAUUCAGUGCUGUAAUGUAAAUCAGAUGUUUUAUAUUUAUAUCCCAUUUCAUUGUAUUUAGACAUCAGCCAAAAUCUACUGUGCUUUUUUUUUUUUUUUUU